GGCCACUGCCUCCACCCAUCCGGCGUGAGAAGCCAGGCCACUGCCUCCACCCAUCCGGCGUGAGAAGCCAGGCCACUGCCUCCUCCACCCAUCCAGAUGGAACAUCCAGGCGUAACUUUGUCCUGUUGCUGAGCCUCUGACCACGAUGAGGGAAUUUCUCCUCACGGGAGCGAUUUACAUCGUUACGUUCAUUCACAAACAUGCCUCGCUUCAUGUCAUUGAUAUAUGCACUAAAAGGCUCCGGCCGUUGAUCCGGCACCACACACAGUCUGUAAAACAGGUGGCGGUAGUUCCAUUGCUGGUGUGACCUCUGUGUGCCUGUUUUUAGCUUCCCCAUUGACAGCUCUUCUGAUGUGCUGCAGCGCCCUAAUGCAAUCUCCUGUCAGCCUCGGUUGAAUCCUGACUUGUCUAAUUUAAGAACAACCAGAAGGCGUUUGGCCUGACAGAACCUGGGCCCCCUGCGAUGACUUAGUUCAGUGUUAUUCCAGUCACGAUGGAAGUCUCACACUAAAGAGAGAGAGAGAAGAAGACGGAGGCUAAUCUGACAUCCCCUCUACACAUUUCCUUCUGGUAUUUCCUUCUGGUCUAGCUGGCCAAUGCCGGGCCCCUCGUGGACAUCUGGUGGCGGCAGCAGCAGCAGCAGUAGUGUGUACGUGAGCGUCGUCCCCGGCGCCUAGCUUCAUGUCCAGCCCAUAAUGCCGUCGUCCACGCGGAAAGGAGUGCCGAAGGACCCCGAGCUGGCCGACCUCUUCUUCAAAGAUGACCCCGAAGACGUCUUUUGCGACCUGCACGAGAUCGGACAUGGCAGCUUCGGGGCCGUCUACUUCGCCCGUAACUCCUACUCCAACGAGGUGGUGGCCAUCAAAAAGAUGUCCUAUAAUGGCAAGCAGACUACCGAAAAGUGGCAGGACAUCAUUAAGGAGGUCAAGUUUUUGGGACAGCUGCGCCACCCAAACACAAUUGAGUACAAAGGCUGCUACUUGAAAGACAACACUGCCUGGCUGGUGAUGGAGUACUGCCUGGGCUCCGCGUCAGAUUUACUAGAGGUUCAUAAGAAACCGCUGCAAGAGAUGGAAAUUGCUGCCAUUACCCAUGGUGCCUUGCUAGGACUGGCUUACCUACAUUCCCAUAAUAUGAUUCACAGAGAUGUGAAAGCUGGAAACAUCCUGCUGACGGAGCUGGGUCAGGUCAAACUGGCCGACUUUGGCUCUGCCUCCAUUGCCUCACCUGCCAACUCCUUUGUGGGAACACCUUACUGGAUGGCUCCAGAAGUGAUCCUAGCCAUGGACGAGGGUCAGUACGAGGGGAAAGUGGACAUCUGGUCCCUGGGGAUCACCUGUAUUGAACUGGCGGAGCGCAAACCGCCCUUGUUCAACAUGAACGCCAUGAGUGCCUUAUAUCACAUCGCACAGAACGACUCUCCCACGCUACAGUCCAAUGAGUGGUCUGACCCCUUCCGGAGCUUCGUCGACUACUGCCUACUGAAAAUUCCUCAGGACAGACCCUCCUCGGGGGAGCUGCUACGACAUGAUUUUGUGCGUCGGGAACGCUCGCCGCGCAUUCUCCUCGACCUCAUCCAGAGGACCAAGGACGCGGUGCGCGAGCUGGACAACCUGCAGUACCGCAAGAUGAAGAAGAUCCUCUACCAGGAGAAACACAACGGACCGAUGGGAGAGAGCCAGGAGGAAGAGGAGGACAGCGAGGCAGCCAGCUGUAAGAUGAACAGCCUGGGAAGCAACCACUCCAUCCCCAGCACCUCGGUGAGCACGGGCAGCCAGAGCAGCAGCGUGAACAGCAUGCAGGAGGUGCUGGACGACAGCUGCUCCGACAUGACCGCCACGCACCCCCAGGACUACAGCAGCACGCUGGAGUCCUCCCCGCACACCAAGAAGGACCAUCAGUACAACUGGGACGACGGGAUUCACAGGGACCACCUUCAAGGGCUGAGGCCGUCCUCCUCCGACAAGAGCAGCCAGGCCCAAAACUACAAGAACCAGGGCCGCUUCGCCACCAUAAAGUCAGCCUCGCUGGUGACCAAGCAGAUCCACGAGCAUGAGCAGGAGAGCGAGCUGCGGGAGCAGAUGUCGGGCUACAAGCGCAUGCGGCGGCAGCACCAGAAGCAGCUGAUCGCCCUGGAGAACAAGCUGAAGGCCGAGAUGGACGAGCACCGGCUCAAGCUGCAGAAGGAGGUGGAGACGCAGGCCAACAACGCCUACAUCGAGCUGGAGAAGCUGGCCAAGCGCCACGCCGUGCAUUCUGAGAAGGAGAUGAAGACGGCGUUGACCGACGAGAAGAAGUUCCAGCAGCAGAUCGUGGCCCAACAGAAGAAGGAGCUGACCACCUUUCUGGAUAAUCAAAAGAAGCAGUACAAACUCUGCAAGGAGAAGAUUAAGGAGGAGAUGAACGAGGACCACAGCACGCCCAAGAAGGAGAAGCAGGAGCGCCUGUCCAAGCACAAGGAGAACAUGCAGCAUUCCCAGGCCGAGGAGGAGGCCCAACUCCUGGCCCAGCAGAGGGUCUUCUACGACAGGAACUGCCGCGCCUUCAAGCGCAAAGUCAUGAUAAAGAGGCACGACUUGGAGCAGGAGCAGAUCCGAGAGGAGCUGAACAAGAAGAAGACCCAGAAGGAGAUGGAGCACGCCAUGCUGAUCCGCCACGACGAGUCCAUGCAGGAGCUGGAGUACAGGCAGCUGAAGAUCCUGCAGAAGCUGCGGAUGGACCUGAUCCGCCUGCAGCACCAGACCGAGCUGGAGAACCAGAUCGAGUACAACAACCGGCGCGAGCGCGAGCUCCACCGCAAACACGUGCUGGAGCUCCGGCAGCAGCCCAAGAACCUCAAAGCUCUGGAGCUGCAGAUCAAGAAGCAGUUCCAGGACACGUGCAAGGUGCAGACCAAGCAGUACAAGGCCCUGCGCCACCACCAGAUGGAGGUCACGCCCAAGGCCGAGCACAAGACGGUGCUCAAGGCCCUGAAGGAUGAGCAGACGCGCAAGCUGGCCAUCCUGGCCGAGCAGUACGAGCAGAGCAUCAACGAGAUGAUGGCCUCGCAGGCGCUGCGUCUGGACGAGGCCCAGGAAGCCGAGUGCCAGGCCCUGAGGCAGCAGCUGCAGCAGGAGAUGGAGCUGCUCAAUGCCUACCAGAGCAAGAUCAAGAUGCAGACCGAGGCGCAGCACGAGCGCGAGCAGCAGAAGCUGGAGCAGAAGGUGUCGCUGCGACGGGCUCACCUGGAACAAAAGAUUGAAGAGGAGCUGGUUUCCAUUCAGAAGGAGCGAACCGACCGCAUCAAGCACCUGUUGGAGCGCCAGGAGCGCGAGAUCGACAGCUUCGACAUGGAGAGCAUGCGGCUGGGCUUCUGCAACCUGGGCACCCUGGACCUUCCCAAGGAGGACUACAGAUGAGGGGUCUCUUGUAGUCCCCGACCCCACCCUGCCUCAGUACACCCCUCCUCUUCUUUUACCUGACAGUGCAGGUGUUCACUGCUGCUGGAUCCCUCAGUCAAACACACUUGGACGCAAAAAAAAAAACAACAACAAAAAAUAAUAAUAAACGUCUCCAGAAUCGUGUCCAGUGUGUUUUCUGGGCCGGUCGGACGUAGUCGACGGCGAUGGUUUUAGUAACCUCUCCUCCCCCCCGAAAACCAUCAAAAACUUCCUCCCCCCUCGUUGCCUCUCGUGGUGUCAAAAAAAAAAAAAAAAAAAAAAAAAAAAAUUUGCUGGAUAACUUCCUGUAGUUGUCAUGUGUUUUUUUUUUUUUUUUUUUUGUAAGAAUAACGAUGUCACGGUGUUUCUUGUGUUGUGACUUAAAAAGUGGGAAGACGAGAGGAGGGAGAGAAAACUGUUUUAGAGGAGAUAAAAUUUAUUUGGGUAUGUUUCAUUAUUUUUUUUUAUUAUGGGGGGGGGUGAUGUCUCGAGCGAUAAAUCAAACAGCCAAUCGAUCCCUCUGCAGCCGAUAGUCUUGAGCUGAAUCUUUCCACCGUUUUUGGUAUUUAUUCAUCAGGACAUUUUUAUGAAAAAUUUGAAUAAUUUGAUACUUUUGAGACACGAAUCUCAUGUACAUACAGGUACGCUAAUAAUACAUGUGACGGGUGGAUUUGAUUACUGAGGGGGGGGGGGUGACCGAUUUCUCUGCACUGGCAGCCAAUGUGAAUAAUAGUACAGGUGAAGUCCAACUCCAGGCUAGCACAAAGGGCUUCAUGGGGGGGCGGGACUUGUACUUUGUGUAUAGAAGGAUUUAUGGAGAGCUUUUACUUAUUUUCGUAUUGUAUUUUAACUGUCACUCGAAUCAAAAAAAAAACAAAGAAGAAAAAAAAAAAA